UUCAUUUUUGAAUUAAAGGUCAUUACAGGCAGAUUCAGAAGACGAUACUUUCGGUUCUUCCUGGAAAGUGAAAUGAUGUAUGUGCUUUCGCUGCUCGUGUUAUCGUGCACCUCCGUGUACUCGCAGGAGACUUUUGGGGGUGCCUAUAGACCCCCGCAGCCAGCAGGUGGCCUGCAUUUCUCUGAAUCCUUUCACUCCAGCACCAUUGAGGACAGCAAAUGGGUGACGUCCAAAGCAAGAAAAAAGGAUGAUGAUGACAAUGAGGUGAAAUAUGACGGACUGUGGGUUUUGGAGGAACCAGUGGAACAGAAGCUACCCGGGGAUAAAGGACUUGUCCUGAAAUCCAGAGCGAGGCUCCAUGCCAUAGCUGCCCCUCUGGAUAGAGUCUUUCACUUCCAUGAUCAGCCACUCAUAGUGCAAUAUGAGGUCACCUUUCAGAAGGGGAUAGACUGCGGAGGGGCCUACAUAAAGCUCCUGUCUCACAGCAACCAGCUCGAUUUGACUCAGUUCCACGACACAACCCCAUUCUCCAUCAUGUUUGGCCCAGACAAGUGUGGAGAGGAUGACAAACUACACUUCAUCUUCCGACACAGAAACCCUGUGACAGGACUGUAUGAGGAGAAGCACGCCAAGAAACCUGACGUUGACCUGAGAGACUACUACACUGACCACAAGCCACACCUGUACACUCUCUAUUUACACCCAGACAACAACUAUGAAAUCCUAAUUGACCAAUCAGUGGUCAGCAAGGGCAGCCUUCUGAAGGACAUGACCCCUCCUGUGACCCCUCCCAGAGAGAUUGAGGACCCUGCUGACACCAAGCCCGAUGAGUGGGACGAUCGAAUCCACAUCCCAGACCCCACUGUCCAGAAACCCCAUGACUGGGAUGAGGAUGCACCUCCUCAGAUCCCAGACCCCGUGGCUGUGAGACCCCCUGGCUGGCUGGUGGAGGAGCAGCCGUUCAUCCCUGACCCCGAUUCAGAGAAGCCGGACGAUUGGGAGGAGGAGAUGGAUGGUGAGUGGGAGGCACCUAAGAUCCCUAACCCCGCCUGCAAGGACGCUGUUGGCUGUGGGAAAUGGACUCCUCCUCUAGUCUCCAACCCCGCCCACAAGGGGAAGUGGAAGCCACCAGUGAUUGCCAAUCCCAACUACCAGGGGGUGUGGAAGGCCCGAGUGAUUCCAAACCCCGGUUAUUUUGAGGACCCCCACCCCUUUCGCAUGGACCCCAUUAGGGCUGUGGGCCUGGAGCUCUGGUCCCUGACUCCUGACCUCCUGUUUGACAACUUCCUGGUGUGCUCUGAGAAGAGCCUGGCUGAUCGCUGGACUGCAGAGUCCUGGGGGCAGAAGCAGGCAGCAUAUGAUGCAGACGCGCCGGGUGUCGUGUUGAAGCUCUUUGCAGCCACAGAGAAGAGGCCCUGGCUUUGGGGGGUGUACGUAUUCACAGUGGCUCUGCCUGUCAUCUUGAUAAUCAGCUUCUGUUGGCCAGACAAGAGGUUCGGUCCUCCUGAUCAGGACUAUUUCUAUAAGAAGACAGAUGAUCCACAGCUGGAUGAUUCUGUGGAUCCGGAGGAGGGCUCCAAGUCUUCAGCCCAGGGCACAAAAGCAAUGGGAAGUAAAGAUAAUAAUGGAACUAAAACAGAGGACAUCAAGAGACCAUCAAAAGCAGACCUGGAAGUAAAAGACCAGGUUCAAUCUAGAAGAGGAAGGUCCUGAAGAAGUGAUCUUCUCUGCCUAACUUAACUAUAUUGUAAGAACAAUGCCCACUAGCCUGGGUAUAUCAUGGGAUAUUAAAAGAGGUAUAUAUGCACUCCAACACCCCCCAGGAGAUCACCUAUAAUGAUACUGAGCCACAUUCCAAGCACACUUUAAGAUACUGCCUUAACAGAUCAUACACAGCUGUUUUCUAUUGAAUAUCCUUUUAUUUUUCAAUUUAAUUCCAUUCCCAGUAAAAAUGAACUGUUUCAUUGCUACAUUGAUAUAAGCAUUGGUCAUAUCAAUGACACAAAUAUUUUCACACUUUUCCCCUUAUGGCAGACCUUGGGUUGCUUGUACACAAAACAAUCUAAUUUCUAAUUUUGACUGACUCACAGAUUUUUUAAUUUUUUUUUAUACACGUGAGCAUUUCCGUGUUUUCUGUAAAGCGUAGCUUUCUCCUUCUAAAACCUGACAAUUUCAACAACCAGACUUAUGAUAUUUUUAUAAUCAUGCAUGAAACAGAUUAUUUACAAUCUCAAAUAAAUAAAAUAAACAUGCUCACAUCUCAUUAUAACACUUUAUUUUUUUUCCAUUUUCUUUUAAAACAGGGGUUAAAUAACCAAAAAAACACUUUUUUUUUUUUUUUUUUCUUAAAGUGCAGUAAACACAAACGUAUCUUCACUAACAGUGAAUUGAAUGGGGCAUUUGAGUGAGUGAUGAUAACUUCAGCGGAUUACCUGGUGAACAGUGGGGUUGGACUUCAGCUUCUCUAUGCACAGUUCUCAUUAGAAAUACUGUCAAUUCCCCAGUGUAAAAUGACAUGCACAUCAAACUCUUACUGAAGUGAUGGAGUCAAUGCAAACUACAGCUCAACCACAGAGGCGGGGGAAAUAACUUGACCUCCACAAGCCUCAGUCCCUGUCCAGGUUCAAACAUAAGCCCUUACGAUGUACACAUGGAUGUAGUAGUAGCUGGGCUGCCCAGAAUGUAUUUGUUAAAAAAAAAAAAAAAGUAAGACAUGAAAUUAACUGAACACUGUUCAGUAAACCCAGAUUGCCUAUUGUUUACAGUUCAGCCCUAACUGCAUAAGUAAAAAAUGACCUGUGCCAUUUAAUCUGUAACACACAUGAUAUUUUAUAAUUUCUCAUAUAAAACCAUUACUGUAACAUUUCCAUCUCUUAAUAUAUGCUGCAAAGAAUAUAUGCAAAAUAAAAAAAAAGUGUAUGUUGA